GCUCGAGAUCGGCGACGCUGACUUCGUUGCGCUCUGCGAUGCGCUGAAAGUGCCGGAGAGCGUGAGGGAGAGAGCGUGGAAGACCUACGAGAGCCUGUCGGCUGCGGAUGGGGCUCUGGCUUCCAAUAAAAAGAAAAAAGAAACCUGGGGAGUCUGUAUCUUUAUUGCAGCAGUUGAUCUGGAUGAAAUGACAUUCACUUUCACAGAACUCCUGAAAAGUAUAAGGAUAAGUGUAUGCACAUUUUUUCAGUUUCUGAAAGAGGUGGAUGUUAACAUGGACACUGUAAGCACUAAAGUUGAUAGCACUGUAUCAAGGCUGAAGAAGAAAUAUGAUGUCUUAUUUGCACUAUACCACAAGUUUGAAAGGACUUGUGGCCUUAUUUAUGUGGAACAACCUAGUAGUGAGAUUUCUGCUGAACUCAGUUCUGUAUUAGCCCCAAAAAAUUACUGGAUUACUUUUUUGCUGGCAAAAGGUAAAGUGUUGCAAGUGGAAGAUGACCUGGUGAUUUCCUUCCAGUUGUUGCUGUGUGUCUUAGAUUAUUUUAUCAAACUGUCACCUCCUGCUAUGCUCAAGGAACCAUACAAGUCUGCUGUUUCUGCAGUGACUGUUAAUGGUUCAGCUCGAACUCCAAGAAGAGGUCAGAACAGGAAUACACGUACUUCAAAGCAAACUGAUGCUGAGACAAAAGUCAUUGAAAUCCUUUGUAAAGAGCAUGAUUGUAAUUUAGAUGAGGUCAAAAAUCUGUAUUUCACAAGCUUUAUUCCUUUCUUGAAUUCGAUUGGUAUUGUAGCUUCAAAUGGACUACCAGAGGUUGAGGUUCUCUCAAAAAAGUAUGACGAGCUGUAUCUCAACAACAAAGAUAUAGAUGCAAGAUUAUUUCUGGAUCAUGAUGAAACUCUACAGCCUGAUGUCAUAGCAGGCUCACAGUUGAAGAGGACACCACUGAAAAACAAUCCAGAUGAGGAACUUAUACUUCCACAGACUCCUGUUCGGUAUGAGUUUUGCUUUUAA